AUGGCUGAUGAUUCUGAUCAUGAAGAUGACCGUGACGUUCGACUAUGCACAAAGACCGUGGCCAUGUAUGGGAAGGGCGAGCAGUGGAUCCCGACUCAGAAGAACGAAGAGGGCAUGGUGUGGUUUUCGGUGAACGGCCUAGAUCUCCGGAAGGACAAGGAUAGCCGAUCGUUAAACAGCAAAUUCUUCGAUGACUUGAUGACCCAGAGACAGACGACAUUCAACGAAGUCAUUCAAAAACGCCUGCAAAGCGAAGACGACACCCAAGAGGACACCCCGCCCCAAAACAAGAAGGUCUUGAAGUGUUUCAAAGCCACAGCUGCCAAACAUCAACAAUAUGCCCCGUAUUACAUCGACAUGCAGUUGCCUGCCAUCGAGGAAGGUGGCCCGACUCCCACAGCAAAGGUUCUCUUCGAAGGGCUUGGCAGUCAUACUUUGUGGUUUGAACUUACAGAGGCGAACUUGCAACACUUGAAAGCUGGCUUUGUGAACUCGGAGAGCAAGGACCGGCAGCCCCGAGGAGCCAAGAGAAAGAAAGAGAUAGGCGGCUAG